GCCGUUUUCGAGCGAGUUCUGUUGUCAGUGGCUUUUGAAGGCGGAAGGCGAGCUGAAGGUUAACGGGAAAGAUGCGGCCGGCGGUAGGACCCAGGGAGCGCUUCCGACCGCGUUCUGAGGCCGGCUUUUUCGGAGAGCGGGGGUUUAAUUGCAGCUGCGACGCAGCGUGUCCGCUCUAAUCAACGCACUUCACCCUCCGACCGGCUGCAUCGUUCCUCCCCAUUCCCCCUCCCCUUGCAUGGUAGCGAACACGGCGGCGUCCAGAGUUUGGGGCCGGUAGAAGCUGCCGAGUUUUGUCCGGACGGUAUCGGGGUAGACAGCCCGGGAGCCACUCUGAACUACGCUGUGCCCCAGUCUGCAUUGUUUCCUGUAGGAGUUCGGGACCAAGCGCAGAGUAAUCUACCCAGCCUGGUCUUCUUCUGCUGGGCCCCGUAAGACUUUGCAAAUCUUUGUUGGAAAGCAACCGCCGUCCCCACGUGACCCGCUUGGUGAAGUACGCUACUGUACAUAAUUACACAUUACCGUGCGGCAGGCAUGGCCGCGAUGGGAUGAAUGGACUGCUCAGACAGAAGUAAAUAGCUUGCAUAUCCUUUGGAGUGAGGAGGGGUGUUCCUUUAGCACCGCGGUGGUUGCUGAUUUCCUUUCUGUAACGUGCUGACCAGACCUGUGCACGGUGUGCUGAUUACUGCUGGUGAUCUCCCGAGGGACGUGGACACACUGGUAAGUGCCAUGUCGAGCAGAACAGAGAGCCAGCACGGGAAGUGGACGGUGUCGAGCAGCGAUGAGGAGGACCAGAAGCCUGUCCAAGGAGCUGCUGGCGCAGGGCUGCAUCCAGUCAGGAGGGACGAGGUGUCCGACUCUGACGAGACAGUGAUUGACGAAGGGGAGUUCGAGGCAUCGCACUGUGGCCGGGCGCAGGGGGUCGCUAGGACAGAGGAGCAAGAUCUUUGCUCCCUCCAGCUGCCCCCCAGGUCAGUCAAAACCGAAUCAUACGACCCCACCCCCACGGCCAAACGGGCGAGACCCUCUUCCGAACUGGGCUGGGGGCUGUCCAGCAGCGACGAGGAGCCCGAGAGCAAAGUACACGGGCGGCAGGUCAAGGAGGAGAGAGUGGAAGAGAAGGCCUCUUGUCUGAAACCGAAGAAAGCCUGCCUGGGAGAUCUGGAUCACUAUGGCUUCGCAGAGGAGGAGCAGAAACCAGAAGUGCAGGCGGCUGGCGGGAUGCUGGAUAAGUGGGAUUUGCUGGGCACAGAGCAGACCUUCAGCUUUUAUCUGACCAAAGUGUCGGGAAUCUCGUCCAAGGACAACAUCUGUGCUCUUCAUAUAAAAGAUAUUCUAUCGCCACUCUUUGGGACAAUAGUAGCUUCUGCUCAGUUCAAUUAUUGCAUCGAUAUUCCUUGGCUUAUGAAGCAGUAUCCUGAAGAAUUCAGGACCAAGCCCUUGCUGAUUGUCCACGGCGAGCAGAGACUGGCAAAGGCACAGCUGCAUGAGGAAGCUCAUCCCUAUCCCAACGUCCGCCUCUGUCAGGCGAAGUUGGAAAUUGCCUAUGGGACCCACCACACGAAAAUGAUGUUGCUUUUGUACGAAGAAGGUUUUCGAGUUGUGAUCCACACUUCCAACUUGAUCCAUGACGAUUGGCACCAGAAGACACAGGGGAUAUGGGUGAGUCCUCUGUAUCCGCGGUUACCAGAAAGGAGUCCUGAAACAGCCGGUGAAUCUGCCACUGGCUUCAAACGGGAUUUGAUUGACUACCUGGCAUCGUACCGGUCAUCUGGGCUGGCUGAGUGGAUUGAUCACGUUAAGCAGCAUGACUUAUCGUUAACCAGGGUUUACCUCAUUGGUUCCACUCCUGGUCGUCACCAAGGUUACGAGAAGCAAAAGUGGGGUCACCUGAAACUCCGAAAGGUGCUGAGUGGCUGUGCAUCCUCCGUGGCAAGUCGGGAAUCGUGGCCUCUGAUUGGCCAGUUUUCUAGCAUCGGCUCCCUGGGUGGUGAUGAAACAAAGUGGCUGUGCUCAGAGUUUAAGGAGAGUCUCGCAACACUAGGCCCAGAUCAGAAAUUCCUGAGCAGUAUGAAGCCAUCUCCUCUUCAUUUGGUUUACCCAACUGUCGAGAACGUCCGAACAAGUUUGGAAGGAUAUCCGGAUGCUGCCUGGCCUGCUGAGUUCCUCCAGCCUCCUGUGUGUGUUGCUUGGAUUUCCAGCAUCUGCAGAUUUUCUUGUGUUUAUGAGGGUGGGGGUUCUCUGCCAUAUGCCAUCGACACCGCUCAGAAGCAACCCUGGCUGACCUCAUUCCUUUGCCGGUGGUCUGCGGAGGUCACAGGUCGAAGUCGCGCCUUGCCCCACAUCAAGACGUACAUGAGGGUUUCGCCUGAUUUUGAGGAGCUCGCGUGGUUUCUUGUCACAAGCGCCAACCUCUCCAAGGCUGCCUGGGGAAUGCUGGAGAAAAACGGCAUUCAGCUGAUGAUCCGCUCUUACGAACUAGGAGUCCUGUACCUGCCUGAGGCCUUCGGGAUAGGAACAGGUCGAUUCUUGGUACAAAGAGGUCGACAGCCGGACUGCAAGCCACCGGAGAUGUUGUUUCCUGUCCCUUACGACCUUCCACCACAGCACUAUGGUAACAGAGAUCGCCCGUGGAUCUGGAACAUUCCUUAUCUCCAUGCUCCCGACACCAAUGGGAAUGUCUGGGCCCCAUCGUGACUUGCAGAGUUUCCGGGAGGCACUUCCGCGCGCCCUGAUCUGGAUCAUUUUCCCAGACAGAAGAGCACGAGCAGAAUCCAGAAACUGCAGAGCAGUUUACAUGCUGACCUGAUGAAUUCCCCCACAUCACUUCCUGUUUGUAUUGUCGUUUAUAUCUCUGUGAUUUUUUUUUGCAGAAUAAAGUUUUUUUGGAAUGUGGUUAUGCC